AUGUUGAGACAAUUUGCACGUGGAUUUGCCACUUCCAAGCCGGCCAAGAACUAUGCUUCUACUAUCCCCAAUUUGAAGAUCAACAAGGACACCAAGGUCAUUUACCAAGGAUUCACCGGAAGACAAGCUACUUUCCACGCUGAGCAAGCAAUUGCCUACGGAACCGACGUUGUUGGUGGUAUCAACCCAAAGAAGGCCGGCUCUACCCAUUUGGACAGACCGGUGUUUGCUACCGUUGCUGAAGCCAUGAAGGAGGCCGGGGCCACCGCAAGCGGCAUCUUUGUCCCUCCUCCUCUUGCAGCUGCUGCUAUCGAAGAGGCCAUUGCCGCCGAGAUCCCCUUGGCCGUGGCUAUCACCGAAGGUAUUCCUCAAAAGGACAUGGUUAGAAUCGCCCAGAUAUUGAAGUCGCAAGACAAGACGAGAUUGGUGGGUCCCAAUUGUCCCGGUAUCAUUGCUCCAGAGCAGUGUAAAAUCGGUAUCAUGCCAUCGAGCAUCCACAAGAGAGGCAGAGUCGGUGUCAUUUCCAAGUCCGGUACUUUGACCUACGAAGCCGUGGCUCAAACUACCCAGGUUGGCUUGGGCCAAUCCUUGGUCAUUGGUAUGGGUGGUGACCCUUUCCCGGGUACCAACUUUAUCGACGCCUUGACCUUGUUCUUGAACGACCCGGAAACCGAAGGUAUCAUCAUGAUUGGUGAAAUCGGUGGUAGCGCCGAAGAAGAGGCCGCCGAGUUCUUGAAGCAACACAACUUGACCAGACCAGAAGGUGCCAAACCAGUCGUUGGUUUCAUUGCCGGUGUCUCUGCCCCACCAGGUAGAAGAAUGGGUCACGCCGGUGCCAUUGUCGCUGGAGGUAAAGGUGACGCCAAGUCCAAGAUUGCCGCUUUGGAAUCCGCUGGUGUUGUUGUUGAAAAAUCUCCAGCUAGAUUGGGUAACUCCUUGUUGGCCGAGUUCAAGAACAAGGGCUUAUUGUAG